AUGACUGAAGACAACAAGUCAGAGACGGGACACGAGGCCCAGGAAACAGGACAAACAGUUCCUUACCAGCAACCCUCCCCCAAAGACACUGAUUCCGGAUCUCCCCAUAGCCAGAAUGAGCCUUUCUUUCAUGUUGAUUCACCCGUAUCAAAUGAGCCAACCAGGACUCAAGUGGCCCGAGAGGCCAAAGAAACAUACAACAAUUACAGAAAAAACCGAAAGACCAAAGGUCACACCUGGUGGGGAAGCAAGCAUUAUGAACCUGAAAGAGGCGACCCGGAUCGCGAAUUUAUGUUCGCACGGAACAUGCCGGUGUCUAACCAAGAGAUCGAGGACGCGCAACAGGCAUAUGAUAGUAUAAUCAUAGAUCCUGAUACAGGUAAACCUAACCCACUGGGUCCUCACUUGCGACCUACAACUCCUCCAAUGGAGAGAGUUGAGAAGCAAGUUAAAGGCCUGAUGGACCAAGGGGUCGAUCGGACAGAAGGAUGUCCCUGUCGACUCGAGAUGGCCACGCAACAGUGUGAUGUAACAGAGGAGCUAGAACAAGCCAUCCGAGACUGUGAAGAAAAGGAGGUCCGCUGUCAGCAGCUGCAAAGUGAAAACGCCAAGCUCGAGAUGGAAGUUCAGAGGCUCAAAGGGGAGAUAGAGAAACUUCAACAGGAGAAAAGAGAGAAGGGCGAUAUACAGAAUGAACCCUCUGGUAACUAA